CUGGUGCACUUACAGGUUUUAGGCCGCUCUAUUCUUCUCAUCAACAACCCCAAAAUCGCUUUUGACCUGCUGGAAAAACGAUCGGCGGUCAAUCCCUCGCGCCCAACGUCGACGAUAGUCAAAUUGGUGGGUUGGGAGUGGAACUUCGUAUGGAUGUCCUACGGCCAGCAGUGGCGGCGGCACAGGUGGGUGUUCUGGCAGCACUUCCACCCAGGAGUGAUUCCCACCUAUCGUGCCGUGCUAGAGGAGGGCGCACGCCGGCUGUUGUCGCGACUCCUCACGACGCCAGGAAAGCUCGAGGAGCACCUUCGCUAG